CGUUGGUGUAGUGGCGGUGGCUACGGGCAUAAAACGGCGCCCCCUUUUUGCCAUUAGACCACCUCUCCCAUUGAUUCCUAUGGCUUCGUUGGGGAGGCGAAUUGCAGAAUUGAGAGAGUCUAUGCUAUCACAGACAUUCUGUCUCGACCAGCUUUUGAUGUUUUGGCACAAUUUCAGCCCCGGCCGCAUUCUCCGAAAUCGACGUCAACCACCUCCACACAUCCUCCUCAACUCCAACGUCUGGCACGUUUGUGAAGCCGAGCAGCAUCCAACAAACGCUUGCCAGGAGCGGCCCAGUCUUUGACUCUCUCACAGCACCGAGAGGUUGCCCUGAGCAGGUGUGCCGAGUUCGAAAAUGGUCUACAAAUCGAACGCUCAACUGAAUGAGAAAAUCUUUUGGUAUUGUUACUCAGGCUCACCACUCAUGCACCUUCAAAUGCCACUGAGCUCAGUAUUUCCAGUCUGAAUUAGGGAAUAAUGAGUUUCGUAGAUUUUAUCGUCACCAAACUCAAACGGGUCAUCGAUCCACCUCUAGAUAGAAAACGGAUAGGAGUAGAUGAAAGCUGACAGGUUUGAAUCGACAAAUAUGUAGUCUGCAAUAAGUACUCAGACACAAUCUGAUGUACAUGAACAUAUUUACAUGCUAAGAUUUUGUUUAGAUGAGCUGGUUGUUUAGAUGAACCUAGAUUCCAUGGAAGUAUAGUUUCUUGCAGAGAAGCAUGUAUGUGUUUGGCCUCCAUUCUGUUUGAGAUACGAUGUCUAUACAAACCAUUCCGUGAAGCUCAAAUUUGGGCAGCUUUCUUGCCCUGUUGAUAUCCUCUUGCCAUGUUGCUUUUCGAAUGGUAUCCUCUACUGCACAAUUAUGAGGAUUUAUAGCAACAAGGAUAAGGGAGGUUCGGAGAAAAAAGGAGGGGCUCGCAUGCUGCAAGAACUAGAUUUGAAACCAUAGCUUCUAGAAAAUAUAAAUUUGAGAUGAAUUAGUGCUCAUACUCAUGGCUGGGCGAGUACAGUUCCAUAUUUGGCAGUCUCUUUGACCUUGAAACUGACUUGCUAAGAGUUCGCCUGUUCCAUGAGGUGACUUAUGUAGUUGGACAUCAAACAGCAUGAAGGAGAUUGGUGUGCCAGAAUAACCUUGAAAAU